UUCGAUACUCCGCCGCGUCUCUUUGUGCUUCCCUAUGUGCGAUGAGAGAAGCGUUGCAUGCGGUUUGCAAAAGCGCUGGAGGUGGCCAACCAAUUUGCUGAAGGAGGUGAUGUUGCUCAGGUCAAGAGGAUCAUUGAACCUCUUCUUGAACAACGAAUUCGCAAUCUCUCGAAGCCAGACCCAAAAGCUCCAAAACCUCGUUUUCUCUUCAAUCUGGUACUAAAAGCCUUUGCCAAUGCAGGAGAUUUCAAGGGUGCUGAGGCUUGGUAUGACUCAUACAAAAACCAAAAGGCUGCAAGAAGCUCUUCAGAUCUCCUUUCGGUGAAUACGAAGACGUUUGGAAAGCUGGUGAAAUCCGCAGCGAAGGCUGGAGAAGCUCAUGUGGCUGAAGCAUGGCUUUGGCGUCAGUUCAAUGAAGUUGAGGAGCUGAGGAGAAUGGACCUUCCAAAGGAAGAGAAGGAAGAGAAGCUUCUGAAGGAUGCGCACAUUCAACUCGAAGCGAAACAAGCAGAAAACGCCUUUAGCCAAAGAUCGAGACCGCCGAGCUCAUCUUUCUUUUCGUCCACAUCUCUGAGUGAGCCACAGUUGAUCUCAGUGGUGGAUGCUUUUGCGAAAGCUGGUGACGCUCACCGUUCUGAGGCCUGGCUCCAGAGGCUGCGACUGCUGAAAGAAAGCAACAAAGAAAGCAAAGAUGAACAUUUCGUCCAAGACGCUUUAAAAGCACAAAAAGAUGCAACCAGUUCAAUAACACAGAAGGUUUCUGAGUCAAGAAGAGAAGGGAAAGGAGAAUUAAAGCACUUGGACGAGUUUGAAUGGAAGAGAAGGUGUGGACUGGAGCAAAAGGAAAAGCACAAUCGAGAAACAGUGAAAAGAGGAGAUGAAGAAGUUGUCGUUGAAGCCAACAUUGCUAAAGUGAAGAAGGACGAAGCGCAGACCAUCAAGAAAACUGAAAGACUUGCAAGCGGCGAAGAAUGUCAACGUGGUAGAGACAACAUUGAUAGCAUGGAUGCAGGACAUAUUGCUUCACUAAUGGCUUGGGCAAAUUUGGGAGACCUUCGAAAGGUUGCUCUAUGUGUGCAAACAUCCAAGCACUUUGGACAAUAUGAAUGGAACGCUUUGCUGAUCGCAUGUGCAAAAUCCACCAAUCCAUCAAAAGCACGCGAGUACUUUCAGCUUGGUACAGACUUGAAAUUGAUGCCAUGCUCAACAGCUUUUACUUCUUUGAUUGAUGCAUAUGCUCGCUCUCAGAAUGGUCAGGAAGCUGAGAAAUGCGUCUUGACCAUGCUAAAGCAAGGAGUCGGGCUGGACAGUUCCGUUGGUGCAUCGCUAUUGAACUCCUGGGUCAAGUGCGAGGUUGGUCGCAUAGAGGCGUGGAUGCGCCGGCUUCUUGUUGCUGAGGUGUGUCUUGAUUGUGUGGUCUACACAAACUUAAUCUCUGCGUGUGCGUAUGCUGGAGAGCUUCAAAGGGCGGAGGCUUGCUUGGAAGAGAUGGAAGCAGCAGAGAUGCAAACCAAUGUGGUAACCCACACUGCUGUUCUUCAAGCACAUUUGCAGUCUUUGCAUGGAUGUCCGGAACGUGUUAUGGAACGCAUGCUGGGCUUUGACACCCCAGAGAAGCGCCCCAAUGCUUUGACCUUUGGACUUCUGAUUGGUGCUCUUGCUUCCCGGGGUGACAUUUCUGGUGCAGAACGAUGGUAUGCCUGCAUGAGGCGCAAUCUGAAAGACGUUGACCUCGUUGCCCACAAUGCAGUCAUCAGCGCAUCGGCUAGAGCGCAUGACGCACAAAGGGCCAGGCUUUGGUUUGGCCGGAUGAAGACAGCAAACUUGACAGGAGAUGGGAUGAGCUUGAACUCAACGCUUGAUCCGGUUGCUCGCGGCGUGGAUGUGGCAGUUCUUCGCAGCGAGGCUUUGGAGGCGGAGUGGCUUUGCGAUGAAUUGGAUCCAGCUGGGCUUUUGGCCAACGAGAUCACCUUCUCGAUCUUGAUGCGGCCUUGGGCUCUCAUGGGCGAUCUUCCCAACGUGGACAGGCUCUGGCAGAAAAUGCAAAAGCAAGGCUUGCAGCCGAAGGCGUGCAACUUUUGGGCAGUGCUCACUGCCUGUGCUCAUUCCCAGCCGCCGCAGCCUGACACAGCCGCCCAACGAUACGAAGACAGCCGCAUUUUGUGUUUGUGAUGUGUUUUUUUCCUUUUGGUGUGGGCCUGUGUGCUGGUCUGGAGCAUGUCACUCCAUAUAUGCAUAUGCAUAUAUUCUACACCCCCCCUAAAACCUACCUUUUGGACAAUUUCAUUGGUAUUUGCAAUGGUUUGGUGAGAUUUCAGAGGACACAUUGAACAGUAUAAGUUUGACCAUAUUGUGGUCUUUGAC